AUGGAAAGUAGCAUGCUCAUACGCGCAGACCUCCAGACCUGGCCGCAGUGUUUGAACCAGGAACUAGUCACGUUCGCUGCACUAAUUGAAACAGUUCGGCGGCGGCAGGAUCCGAGUCCAUCCGUCCUACCAAAAUCUUCGUAUCCGGAACCAGACACGAAAAGCUAUGAGCCCCGAGUGCCACUUCCUGCACAACAAUCGCCGCCGCCAAGUUGGAACGGGACAGGAUCCUGGCAAGCUAUCGAUGUCGUUCCCAUCCUUGCUGAUGUGACGAAAAUCCUUCAAAACAACACAGCACUGAGCACUCAGGGUGCAGAAGCAUACGGGAAUCUUGAUACUCGAACGCCAAAGCUUCCGUCAGGUCGUACACAAUUUGUCAAUGAUUUUUCAAGUUGGAUCUCACUAUUGGCCAAGAAUGACCUUCAUGCAUUUGCCUGCCAGCCCAUAGUAUUGCUUGUCACCCUUAUUCGCAACGAGGAGAGUGGUUCAGUCGAGCCGAUGAGCCAGUGUCAUAGAAAGGUCCUGCACUGCCAGGAGAUCACCGAACUUGUGCUCAAGUCCCUCGCUCGUACGGAUACAAUGAUGCGCAAGGACCAGUCUACCACAACCCAUGACGACGAACUCAUGGCUGAAGACACGAUCUCUGAAGCCAAGGUAGCUCAAGGGUUGCCAGAUUCUUCUGCCUCCAAAUUGGUUCAGCGAACGCUUUUCUUAGGGCAGCUCUCCAUGACAGCAUCAACAACGGAUGUGAUUUUGACUGUCACAACAGCUCUUGUGUCGUGCGAACUGGCACCUUACCGUGUCUCCUGGAGCGGACCCAACUACACAGUCUGGCGCACCUUGUCUACUGUUGGCUUUAACCCCACCAACACUGCACCACCAUUCAUUCAAGUCUUUGACCCUUCGUUCCUCAAUGAAACCGGAUCAUCCAUCACCAUUCGCUCAAUCGCUUCGAAUCCUAGCUUUGCUUUUGCUCAUGAAGCACCCAUCUGCAUCCCGGACCUCAACGCAGGCUUCCUUACAAGUAACUAUAGCGGUGCACUCGGGUGCAACGGCUGGUACAAGAACAGCAUCUCCGCAUGA